CUCCAGCGUUCAAAACUGUUUGUUCCAAACGCUGAGCAGUGGAGUACCCCUUUAAGGAUCACCCUGCACGCAAGGAGACCGAAGUGGACCCUACUUGGCCAAAUAAUUGACCUGUUCUGAGAGAUAACAGAAGGAGCCAACAAAGAUCAAAAGUGCUGUUUUUUUAACUCUAUUAAAAGCAGUCAGAAGUGAGGACGGUUAUCCAACAGCCAAAGCCUGGCUGAUACUGGGUCAUGGAACAGAACAAUGAUCCCGAACACAACCGUAAAUCUACAACAGAAUGGCUGAAAAAAAGAAAAGAAGAUUUAGUCCUCAACCCAACACAAAGUCUAUGGUGGGACCAUAUGAGAGCCAUGUAUAAACCAAUGGCCACAGACCUCACUGACCUGACACCACCCUGUACGGAAGAGUGCGCCAAAAUCCUCCAGAACCAUACAAGAGGCAUGUAUAAACCAAUGGCCACAGACGUUACUGACCUGACUGUACGGAAGAGUGUGCCAGAAUCCUUCAGAACCAUACAAGAGGCAUGUAUAAACCAAUGGCCACAGACCUCACUGACCUGACACCACCCUGUACGGAAGAGCGCGCCAAAAUUCUCCAGAACCAUACAAGAGGCAUGUAUAAACCAAUGGCCACAGACCUCACCGACCUGAUACCACCCUGUACGGAAGAGUGCGCCAAAAUCCUCCAGAACCAUACAAGAGGCAUGUAUAAACCAAUGGCCACAGACCUCACUGACCUGAUACCACACUGUACGGAAGAGUGCUCCAGAAUCCUCCAGAACCAUACAAGAGCCGUGUAUAAACCAAUGGCUACAGACCUCACUGACCUGACACCACACUGUAUAGGGGAAUGCGCCAGAAUCCAACAGAACCAUACGAGAGCCAUGUAUAAACCAAUGGCUACAGACCUCACUGACCUGACACUACACUGUACAGAAGAAUGCGCCAGAAUCCAACAGAACCAUACGAAAGCCAUGUAUAAACCAAUGACUACAGACCUCACUGACCUGAUAACACACUGUACAGAAGAGUGCUCCAGAACCUUACGAGAGCCGUGUAUAAACCAAUGGCCACAGACCUCACUGACCUGACACCACACUGUACAGAAGAGUGUGCCAAAAUCCUCCAGAACCAUACAAGAGGCAUUUAUAAACCAAUGGCCACAGACCUUACUGACCUGACACCACCCUGUACGGAAGAGUGUGCCAAAAUCCUCCAGAACCAUACAAGAGGCAUUUAUAAACCAAUGGCCACAGACCUCACUGACCUGACACCACCCUGUACAGAAGAGCGCGCCAGAAUCCUCCAGAACCAUAUGAGAGCAGUGUAUAAACCAAUGGCUACAGACCUCACUGACCUGACACCACCUUGUACAGAAGAGUGCGCCAGAAUCCUCCAGAACCAUACAAGAGGCAUUUAUAAACCAAUGGGCACAGACCUCACUGACCUGACAUCACACUGUACGGAAGAGUGCGCCAGAAUCCUCCAGAACCAUACAAGAGGAAUUUAUAAACAAAUGGCCACUGACCUGACACCACCCUGUACGGAAGAGUGCGCCAGAAUCCUCCAGAACCAUACAAGAGGCCUGUAUAAACCAAUGGCUACAGACCUCACUGACCUGAUACCACCCUGUACGGAAGAGUGCUCCAGAAUCCUCCAGAACCAUACAAGAGCCCUGUAUAAACCAAUGGCUACAGACCUCACUGACCUGAUACCACCCUGUACGGAAGAGUGCUCCAGAAUCCUCCAGAACCAUACAAGAGGCAUGUAUAAACCAAUGGCCACAGACCUCACACCACCCUGUACAGAAGAGUGUGCCAGAAUCCUUUGGAACCAUACAAGAGGCAUGUAUAAACCAAUGGCCACAGACCUCACUGACCUGACUGUACGGAAGAGUGCUCCAGAAUCCUCCAGAACCAUACAAGAGGCAUGUAUAAACCAAUGGCCACAGACCUCACACCACCCUGUACAGAAGAGUGUGCCAGAAUCCUUUGGAACCAUACAAGAGGCAUGUAUAAACCAAUGGCCACAGACCUCACUGACCUGACUGUACGGAAGAGUGUGCCAGAAUCCUCCAGAACCAUACAAGAGGCAUGUAUAAACCAAUGGCCACAGACCUCACUGACCUGACUGUACGGAAGAAUGUGCCAGAAUCCUCCAGAACCAUACAAGAGGCCUGUAUAAACCAAUGGCUACAGACCUCACUGAUCUGACACAACCCUGUACGGAAGAGUGCUCCAGAAUCCUCCAGAACCAUAUGAGAGCUGUGUAUAAACCAAUGGCUUCACUGACCUGACACCACACUGUACAGAAGAGCAGGUGUCAGAAAAAAAUAAAUUCUGUCAAAUAUCGUGAUAUUUCAUUAGACAAUACUAGAAUAGAUUCAAAUUAUGUUCAAAUCGAUCUUUUAUAAACUAUUUUUAAGUAACAUUUACUGUAUUUCACCGUCUUACUUUUGUAUAACAAACUCCUGACCACUAGUUGGCAGCAAACCGCGCAAGAGCCUGUUAUUUACCAGCUCUGUCCCACCCGCAGCAGAGGAACGAGCUCCCGUGAGAGUCGCCCUGUGUAUGGCCUCCCGCCUGUUUGCUCUGUAGUCUCGCGGUAGCUGCUGCAGAGUGAACACUGCUUCAUACAUGGCUGGUAAUGAGAAAGAUUCGGGAGGCUCCAGGGAUUUACAAAGCGGACAUUUGGACUCAUUUUGCCUUCUAUAAUAAACAAGGAAGUAAGGACUAUGACAAGAGCCACACUAUUCACACCAAAAAAAAAAAUCUUUGAGACAGAAUCUUUGAGACAGAAUCGUAUGGUGAUACAUAUAUCGCCAGAUUCUUGCCAAUUCCCAUCCCUACGGAAGAGUGCUCCAGAAUCACGAGAGCCGUGUAUAAACCAAUGGGCACAAACCUCACUGACCUGAUACCACACUGUACAGAAGAGUGCUCCAGAAUCCUCCAGAACACUGAGCACACACACCCCCCAUAUUCACCUAUAUGACUCCCAUCAUAC